UUCAUAGGAAAGCAAAACAAAUUCAUUUUCUUUCUGUUUUUGAUUCUUUAACUUGAGCACCGGGAACGAUCACGUCUUGAUAUUGUUUUGGUGGGUGUUCUUUUGUUUUGAUAAUGGAGGGUGGUGAUAUUUAUAAAGCGAGUGCUAGCUUAAGGGGAAGUAUGCGUGCUGGGAGCUCUUCCAUAUGGAGAAACAAUGGCGUCGAAGUUUUCUCGAGGUCUUCCCGUGAUGAAGACGAUGAAGAAGCUCUAAAAUGGGCUGCACUUGAGAAACUACCCACCGUCGCUCGUCUAAGGAAAGGUAUAUUGGCCGGCUCUCAAGGCGGUGCCAAUGAAAUCGAUGUUUUCGACAUCGGGUGGCAACAGAGGAGGACUUUGCUUGAGAGGUUGGUCAAAGUUGCAGAGGAAGAUAAUGAGAAGUUCUUGUUGAAGCUCAAGAAUCGUGUCGAUAGGGUUGGGAUCGAUCUUCCCGCCAUUGAAGUCAGAUUCCAAAAUCUAAACAUUGAAGCUCAAGCUUUUGUAGGAACCAAUGCUUUGCCUACAGUUAUUAAUUUCACCACUAAUAUAUUUGAGAACUUGAUGAUCGAGAUGGGAAUUCUUUCUAGUAGAAAGAAAAAGAUGACAAUCCUCAAAGAUGUCAAUGGAAUCAUUAAGCCUGGCAGGAUGACACUGCUUUUGGGUCCUCCAAGUUCUGGGAAAACCACUCUCUUGUUGGCCUUAGCUGGGAAGCUUGAUACAGCACUCAAGUGUUCUGGGACAGUGACCUACAAUGGGCAUAAAAUGAAUGAGUUUGUGCCCCAGAGAACUGCUGCUUAUAUUAGUCAACAUGAUCUUCAUAUAGGAGAGAUGACUGUGAGGGAAACUUUGGCCUUUUCUGCAAGAUGCCAAGGGGUUGGAGAUCGUUAUGAUAUGUUAGCAGAAUUGUCAAGAAGAGAGAAACAGGCAAACAUUAAACCUGAUCCUGAUAUUGAUGUCUUCAUGAAGGCAGUAGCAGCAGAAGGUCAGGAAGCAAAUGUAAUCACUGAUUAUAUUCUGAAGAUUUUAGGACUGGAAGUAUGUGCAGACACUAUGGUAGGAGAUGAAAUGUUGAGGGGUAUCUCUGGUGGACAAAAGAAGCGUGUCACAACAGGUGAAAUGCUGGUUGGACCAGCAAAGGCCUUGUUUAUGGAUGAGAUAUCAACUGGUCUGGACAGCUCUACAACUUUCCAAAUUGUGAACUCCCUCAAGCAAACUGUUCAUAUCCUUAAUGGGACAGCAUUAAUCUCUCUUCUCCAACCAGCUCCAGAGACUUAUGAUCUUUUUGAUGACAUUAUUCUCCUUUCCGAUGGCCGGAUAGUAUAUCAGGGUCCUCGCGAACAUGUGCUGAGCUUUUUCGAAUCUAUGGGGUUCAGGUGUCCUGACAGAAAAGGUGUUGCGGACUUCUUGCAAGAAGUUACAUCAAGGAAAGAUCAAAUGCAGUAUUGGGCACGUAGAGACCAACCUUACAGGUUUGUCACGGCGGAUGAAUUCGCUGAGGCAUUCCAAUCAUUCCAUGUUGGAAUGCAAGUUGCAGGCGAACUUCGAACUCCAUUCGACAAAACAAAGAGCCAUCCCGCUGCUUUGACAACCAAGAAAUAUGGUGUUGGAAAGUGGGAGUUGCUGAAAACUUGCAUCUCAAGGGAAUACCUGCUGAUGAAGAGAAAUUCUUUCGUAUACAUCUUCAAGUUUAUUCAAAUCACAUUUAUGGCAAUAAUUACCAUGACACUGUUUCUAAGGACUGAAAUGAACCGAAAUUCAGUUGCUGGGGGAGGAGUCUACAUGGGGGCCAUUUUCUUUGGCUUGAUUAUGAUAAUGUUUAAUGGAAUGUCAGAGCUUUCAAUGACCAUUAAUAAGCUUCCUGUCUUUUACAAGCAAAGAGACCUGCAAUUCUUUCCUCCAUGGGCAUAUGCUCUACCAACAUGGAUACUUAAGAUUCCAAUCACAUUUGUAGAAGUUGCCAUAUGGGUGUUUAUUACAUACUAUGUCAUUGGAUUUGAUCCGAGUGUUGAAAGGUUGUUUAGGCAGUACUUUGUACUUGUUCUCGCUAACCAGAUGUCGUCGGGGUUGUUUCGCUUCAUUGCAGCAACUGGUAGAAACAUGAUUGUGGCUAACACUUUUGGCUCAUUUGCUUUGCUUGUACUUUUUGCAUUGGGUGGCUUUGUCCUGGCACGAGGUGACAUAAAGAGCUGGUGGAUAUGGGGUUACUGGAUUUCGCCGAUAAUGUAUGGACAAAACGCAUUGAUGGUUAAUGAGUUCCGUGGCAACCAGUGGAGUCAUUCUUUUCCGAACUCGACAGAACCAGCAGGAAUCGAAGUUUUGAGGUCCAGGGGUUUCUUCCAAGAUCCGAAUUGGUAUUGGAUCGGAGUAGGAGGAUUGAUUGGAUUCACAAUAUUGUUCAACUUUUGUUUCACUGUUGCUCUUACCUAUUUAAACCCAUUCGGGACUUCUCGAGCGGUAGUAUCAGACGAAACAGACAGCAACGAACAAGCCAAUGGAGUUGGUGGAAGCAUUCUGUUAACAAACAAUGAAAGUAGCUCAAAUCAUGUAACUGGAUCAGAGACUCAAGAGGAUGUUAAAAGAAGCAUCUCAUCGAAGUCCUCGUCUAUAACCGAGGCAACUGUUGGGGCCACUGCCAUCAAGAAAAAGGGAAUGGUUCUUCCAUUUGAGCCACAUUCCAUCACAUUUUAUGACAUUAUUUAUUCUGUUGAUAUGCCACAGGAAAUGAAAGAACAAGGUAUUACGGAAGAUAGGUUGGUGCUGCUGAAGGGUGUUAGUGGCGCUUUUAGACCAGGUGUUCUUACAGCUCUAAUGGGUGUUAGCGGUGCGGGUAAAACCACUCUUAUGGAUGUGCUUGCCGGUAGGAAAACAGGUGGUUAUAUAGAUGGGAACAUUACAGUUUCAGGUUUCCCCAAGAAGCAAGAAACAUUUGCUCGGGUAUCCGGAUACUGUGAGCAAAAUGAUAUUCACUCUCCUCAUGUCACUGUGUAUGAGUCCCUGCUCUAUUCCGCUUGGCUUCGACUACCCGCUGAAGUUAAUGCCGAAACUAGAAAGAUGUUCAUCGAGGAAGUCAUGGAACUCGUGGAACUGAACCCGUUGAGGCAAGCACUAGUUGGUUUACCUGGUGUAAAUGGUUUAUCAACUGAGCAGCGAAAGAGGCUUACAAUUGCUGUUGAGCUUGUGGCGAACCCUUCAAUCAUUUUCAUGGAUGAGCCAACUUCAGGGCUUGAUGCAAGAGCUGCUGCAAUCGUUAUGAGAACAGUUAGGAACACGGUGGACACAGGAAGAACAGUCGUGUGUACCAUCCAUCAGCCAAGUAUCGACAUAUUUGAAGCAUUUGAUGAGCUGUUUCUUAUGAAACGGGGAGGACAAGAGAUAUAUGUUGGGCCAUUAGGACACCAUUCUAAACAUCUAAUCAAGUACUUCGAGGGAAUUCAAGGAGUUAGAAAAAUCAAAGAUGGAUACAAUCCGGCUACAUGGAUGUUGGAAGUUACCACAACUGCACAGGAAUUAUCUCUAGGCGUUGAUUUCGCCGAUAUCUACAAAAACUCGGAUCUGUACAGGAGAAACAAAGCUCUUAUUGAAGAUUUAAGCAAGCCUGCUCCUGGUUCAAAGGAACUCUAUUUUCCAACUCAGUACUCUCAGUCAUUCUUGACUCAGUGUGCGGCUUGCUUAUGGAAACAACACUGGUCAUAUUGGCGCAACCCACCAUAUACCGCUGUUCGAUUUCUUUUUACGACUGUAAUAGCAUUGGUGUUUGGCACACUGUUCUGGGACCUUGGCUCGAAAACGAAUACUAGGCAAGAUCUGACCAAUGCAAUGGGUUCAAUAUAUGCUGCUGUUCUUUUCCUUGGUAUCCAAAACGCUGCAUCUGUGCAGCCUGUUGUUGCCGUAGAAAGAACAGUCUUUUAUCGAGAAAGAGCUGCUGGAAUGUAUUCUGCCAUGCCGUACGCCUUAUCACAAGUCUUGAUUGAGUUGCCGUACAUUCUUGUUCAAGCCACUGUGUAUGGCCUUAUAGUCUAUUCUAUGAUCGGAUUCGAAUGGACCGCUGCAAAGUUCUUCUGGUAUCUCUUCUUCAUGUACUUCACCUUGCUAUACUUCACCUACUAUGGCAUGAUGGCUGUUGCUGUCACACCAAACUACCACAUCGCUGCGAUCGUUUCCGCUGCAUUCUAUGGAAUAUGGAACCUCUUUUCAGGGUUCAUCGUCCCACGACCCAGCAUGCCUGUAUGGUGGCGAUGGUACUAUUGGAUCUGUCCGGUAUCUUGGACCUUCUACGGAUUGGUUGUUUCGCAAUUCGGAGACAUACAAACACCCCUUCUGGAUGGCGAGUUUCCCGGUCAGACGGUCGAACAAUAUUUCAGAAGUUAUUACGAUUUCAGACAUGAUUUCCUCGGAGUUGUGGUUGCCGUAAUUCUUGGUUUCACUGUGCUGUUUGCAUCCAUCUUUACUGUUUCCAUUAGAUUGUUUAAUUUCCAAAGACGAUAGAAA